UUCCCCUUGUGUUUCAAACACAUCUUCAUGCAAUAAAUUAUAUGGGAUCUACAUUUACUCAAAAAGAUAUGUACUUGCUCAGCAACUGUUCUUGCUUUCCUCGUUGACAGAUCAAAACUUUCUGAAAUCAAAUUCUCAGAGAAUUAUGGAUGUCGGAAAGACAACUUGGGAUUUUGGAAAAGCUGAUGCUGAUGAUGAGGAUUCAAUAUCAUCCAUUGGAUCCAUCUCAGAAGAUUCAAUGAACUCUGUGACAGGGAGUUUAUCAUCUUCUUCUUUAUCAGAAUCCACUGAGGAGGCAGCAGACUCUUCAACAACUUCAUCUUCUUCUCCAUCAUCCGCAAAAUCAAACGGCCCUUUGUAUGAACUGUCUCAGCUCAUGGACCAUCUUCCUAUAAAGAGAGGUUUAUCAAUGUUCUAUGAAGGGAAGGCUCAGUCUUUCACUUCUUUAGCAACAGUGGAGAGCAUAGGAGAUCUUCCUAAGAAGGCCACACCUUAUUGCAGAAAGAAGAUGAAGUCAAGCAAGAGCUAUGCAGGAGAUUUGGACAGACACAAAGUUAUAUCACACAUAAGUCCCAAGGCCACAAUAUCAAAGAAGACUUCAAGAGGAUCUUUAGUUUCUGCAGUGAGCAGUAGAAGAGGGACUUUUCCGGGAGGCUCUAGGCUCUCCAUUGCUGUACACAGGAACUUUUGACGGAAUCGUUCAAACAAGUUAGAUCUUGCUUCCUCGAUGCACAAAAAUUUGGAAAAAAUUUUGGUUGGUUAUGUAUAAAAUGUGAGUAUAUUCAAUUUUCCCU